AUGGGGCCCUUGAACAGUCGGAUUCUGCGAUGCAGGGAAUCUGGCACAGGGGAACUGCAGCAGCCAGAAACCCAGGCAGGCCCCAGUUAUGUGUCCGGCAGCCGUAAACGCAAGCAGAGCACCGGUCCCAGCUUGGGACCAGAGUCUGAGAAGAGCCACAACCAGGAGGAGGAUCUACAGCAAUUCGCCUGUACAAGCCAGGGUAAAAAAGUUAAGAUCAAAUCUGAGUAUGCUUACCAAACUUUAUUUUUAAAUGGGGAAACCAGUGACAUUAAAAUCCGUGCUCUGGGGAAUGUAUGGUGUUUACACAGAAUGUUUUUAUGUCAGUCGGACUACUUUGCUACAAUGCUUAGAGAUUCUUGGAAAGAAUGUCACAAAGAUACUAUUGACUUGGAGAUUAAUGACCAGAAUAUAAAUGUAGAAUCAUUGCAUUUUGUUUUAGGCUCAUUGUAUAGGAAUGAACAUGUCUUAAUUAAGCCCUUUCAAGUUCCAGGAGUUUUGGCAACCGCGUGCCUGCUUCAAGUAGAAGACUUAAUUCAGCAGUGUGAUAAGACCAUGAAGGAAACUAUUAAUGCCAAAACUGUAUGUAGCUUCUAUGUGGCAGCAGAGACCUAUGGGUUACAUUCUGUAAAGACAGGCUGCUUUGAAUGGCUUCUCCACAAUCUGAUGACUCAUCCAAGUGUUGAACUUUACAAAGAACUCAGUACAGAUCUUAUGAAUCUUGUCAUUUCUUCUUCUAAUCUAUUAGUAAUGCAAAAGGAAAUCGAUAUAUAUACUACACUUAAACAAUGGAUGUUCCUCCGCCUUAACCCAGGUUGGAAAGGCAGAAUGAAACAGCUUUUAGUUUGUGCAAACAACUGGUUUUCCAGGCACAGGGAACAUGGUGGUAGCAUUUCCUUUCUUGAAACUAAACAAGGCAUAGUAUUUCAACCAGUAUUUAAAAAUUUGAGGUUUCAGCAUAUCAUUUGUGACCUGGCCUCCACAAGAGUUAUUGAACAAGAUGCUCUAAUACCUUCAGAAUGGUUAUCUUGUGUUUAUAAACGACAAUGGUUUACUUUGCUUAGAGCACAACAAUACAGGGAAAUUGGUCCUAGAGACAUCAGUGAAACUGAACUUGAAGAAUAUAGCAUGAGAUGUGGCAAAAAGAUUGUCAGAGAUGGAAAAUACUCCUGGAAGUGGUCUGGGUACAACUUCGGUGUCCACUUGCAUGUUAUCUUCACCAGCCAUUAUAUCAUUUUCAAACGAAAUGCUGUCGGUCAGCCAUCUGAUGGCUCCAUCUGUUUACAACAUCAAAGAAAUAUUGCAUUCAGAUUAACCUUGGUAUAUUUUGAUUCUAGUGGAAGACUGAGCUUCAGGAAAACAACUGGUUAUAAAAUCCUUACCUUUGAAAAGGAUGAGGAACAAAUGGUAAUGAAACUGGAUAGCAUAGCUUUGAGCUUCCCUUUAUAUAUAUUCUGCAAUUUCCUGUUUAUAUCAUUAGAAAAUCCAGGAAAUUGA